GACGUUUGGAAUCUCAAGCUUUUAUCACGGCACGAUCCAUUGCACGCCUGUUCCAUCGAUAAAUACUCAUCCACGUGGACACAGCCUCAGGCCCAUACGACAACCCACGUCACUCAUCGUCGCUAACGACAAAAUCUCACAAUGCCAGCCUCGACAUUUCCACCCUGCCCAGGUCCUCCGCCAACACGGCCUCUGCCACCUCUUCCCACAAAAUGAGGCAUGUGCGUCACGCAUUGCUCAUUCGCCAUACUACUCACAACCUGCAACACUCUGUUCGACAACGCGGCUUUGUUUCCCGGCUCGACUCGGAAAUACCAGGCCUGCAAUACCUGUUCGCACCUCGCCGCGCCUGGCCUGGCCUGGCCUGAGCAGCUAAUACACAACAUCAUGCAAGCCAGCUUCACACCUUGCUCGGAUCCUGGAGCUUUCUGGCUCGGUCUAUCUAUGCUGUCGAGUGCAGCUGGACCAUUCACUUUCCAAUCGACAUGCUUGGCGCUCUGCUGUACGACACCCACUGGCGAGAAGGCGUCUUCACUCACUCCCACCUUUUAUUACGACUCCUCUUGCCGCGAACACCAUCUUAACUCCCCCGCAUAUAAUCACCCCCGACGACACUACAACGUCGUCACCCUUUUCGAUACCUUAUUCCCUUUCGGAGCUGCUGGACGGCGGAAAUGUACUACUACUGGGCUGAAUAAACAACACAUCACGGGCUUGUUAGAAUACCAGGUCGGGGCUCAUUUGAGCGCUGGCCAGACGUUGGUUAAUGUAAUUUUGGGUUGGUCUACGGUGGUAUUGCAUGGAUGGCAUGGAGGCGCGCAAUUCUUUGGCUUAGAUGCGAGCAUGAUGUGGAGAGGAAUGGAGGUGAUAUACCCAAUGGCAGCUGCAGAUGAAUGCGCGCCUCAACUAUGUUUUGAUAGCGAUGGACCCAAGACAGUGGUCAAAUGAUAUACUGACCUGAUGGUCACACG